AUAAAACUCAACUUUAAAUUAUACGCUACAUUUUCAUAAAACCGUGAUGCUACAGCAAUUGACCUUCUUCAGCUGAUAUACGAAAAUCAUAUUUCAUUUAAUCUUAUUAAUCUGUCAUUAGCUCACCGGCGGGUUAUUGUGGGGAGAAUUGCAUAGCAAAUUUUCUCGUUUGGAUUAAUAUAAAUAUCGAGCAUCUCGUACUGCACUUACAUUAACUUAGUCAAUCACACCAUUUGGAUAAUGUAUAAAUUAUGUUUCCUGUCCCUCUUUGUUGCGAUGGUGUUCGCUCAAAACCCCGAAUCACCACCAGCAGGGUUUCCAAGUUUAAGACAAUCUUCGCCAUAUUAUCCAAACCCUUACGGACCAGUAAUACCAAUUCUGAGGCAACAUUCAAAUGCCGAACCUGGGCAAAGUUACAAUUGGGGUUUUGAGGCUGCGAAUGGCAUUACGGCGGAAGAAUCGGGUAACAUAAUUCCCUUAGGGCCAGAGCUUGCCGAUAAGCAGGUCACGGGUUCAUUCUCUUACAUCUCCCCAGAAGGGAUCCCUGUUAGUGUACGUUAUUAUGCUGAUAGCAACGGUUUCAGACCACAGGUUUCGAUUCAGCAGGGAGGUUACAGAUUCCCUGGACAAGUUCAGCAACCCUAAUCGUCUAAAGGAAGUGAAUUCUGUAGCUAACGACUCGGCUUAACGCACGCUUAAUAUGUCACAUUUUAAAAGGAGUUUCUCUUAGCCAAUAUUAUAUUUUGUACUUAUAAUGUAUAAUAAAAUAGAUAAUAUAUUACUUCACUUGGC